UCUGGCAAGCCUUGCUUUCCAAGACAAACUGGGAAACCGUAACUGGCGAGCAAGGGCUUCCAGUGGUUACUUCCAUUUGCUGGCACUAGGGCCUGCUCUCAAAUUUAGGUGCCAGCUGCAUACGAAGCAGUUUCCGUGUGGACACAGUCCCACAAGCGAUUUCACUCGGCGUAACCUAGGUGUCACUUGCUCCACCAAAGAGCAUCAUAAAGUUGGUUCGAGGAAAACCAGCAUGCCAACCAACGCUGAUUUGUGAUCGACUGUUUGCCAUGCCGUCUCGGUUGUCCUUUCGAGCACUGAGCCAGAGAUGGAAGGAAUUUGGGGCGGGUCCUCUGGCUCAUCUGCUCGGGUCUGCUGUGCACGGAGCCAGAGAAUUUGACGCAGACAAAAGAUCUGUGGCAAGCGGGACAUGCCAAGUGUCUCCUGGUGAGAAGGAACCACAGGAUGCCUCCUCUUGUCACUGUGGUCGUUGCUUCGCCUUCCUUAGCCGCCAAAGUCAGUCUGUGGCACCUGAGGGAGGUGACAACAGAGGGAACAAGGGGAAGCAGCUUGUGCGAAAGGGUCAAGAUCGCCAGAAAAACAAGAAGACCGAAUGGAUUCUAAGACGACUCAGCGACAUUAAAAGGCUCAACAAGGGUCGCAAGGAAUCUCCCACUCUUCUUUCCCUGACUGCCACCCGACCGACUUCGACAGACAUUACCCAGUGCCCAUCGUCUGAAGCUGAUCUAGGCCGCAACGUCCGUUUGCUGUCGCCAGCUUGCAGCGAGUCCGUUUGUUCGCCGCAUUCGUUAGCAACUUCGAGACGCAGAGUGUCUUUCCAUCCUCACUUUUACGAAGACCCCGGAAUUUGUGAGGAAUGUGCAAACUAUUUCCAUGUCGAGAACCCAGGGUCGCCUCUGCAGUUCUCCAGCCCUCGUCACCGGCAAAAGAAAAAUAAGACACAAGAGCACUUUUCCCCGGCAGCUACGGUGCCUCGGCUCGCGAGUUUCCGAACAGAAGAGAAUGAGCCUCGAAGAUAUCCAGCGCAUUUGAAAGAGUCGAAAGAGGACUCUGAAACGAUAGAGAGGGAUUUCCAACGCACUUCUUCAAAGGAAUUGGAGGAGUGUGUUACAACUGUGCAGACUUCGCGACAGUCGUCUGGUGCCACUCGAGUGACAUGGCUGAGAAGACACGAGACAUCCAGAUAUUCCCACCCGAAAAGUACAGAAGCGAUGAGCAAAAGCGACGAAAUGUCGAGACAACCGUCUCUCAUCUCAGACCACGAUGCACAGAAACAGUUGUUUUCCGCUGUGUCGUCUGAAGAUAGCGAUGGAGGCGACGCGUCGCCCUGCAGUUUUGCAGUGUCUCAGCACUCUGUUGGUGGCGUUUCAUGUGAAGACAGCCUGAGUAGCGUCACUCCGAAGAGUUGUUCUUCUUCCUCGGGAUUGAUUUUCGCGUCGCCCGAUGAACGUCAAGCCGGGAGUGUCGAGUGCGAAGACACCAGUGAAACGAACUCGACAGAAAACGGGCAGGAAGCAAGAGAAAGGACGACCCGCGUUAACGGAGACGCGGGUCCGGUGUCUCGCUCGAGUCCUCACCUCCCCGGUAGCAGCCCCGAUUCAGUGUCCUCUGGCGGCAGGAGGCUCGCACGAGCCCCCGGUGGGAGCGCUUCUGAGGCUUCCGUGGGGGCAAGAAACGACUCAGGCAUCGACGCAGAGUGCGCAAACAAGAAUGAACCUACGCCUAGAUCCACCGGUGAUCAGGAUGAUGCAAUCUCCGGCUGUACUGGAGCCGCGAAUUUGAGGAAAAGAUCCGAAGGUGAGGAAAUUGCUGGCAACCCACACAAUGGCGAAUACGUGGGUCAUCUUCCCUUCACGGAUAUGGGUACUGCCCAAGCAGUGUCUGUUUCAAGGCAAGCAGCGAACACUGGAAAGCAGUCGACUUGCGCAGUUUACAGCAACCACCACGAUACCCCGCAAUCUUCACAGAGUCCAUCUGCUUUUCCUCGCGUUGUGGCCGACUGUGGCGACUCUUUGUCAAAACAAGGAAAUGGUUGGAGCCCCCGGGCGGUUCCUCCGCUGUCGCCUCGAGCACCUGUCUCUCCAGUUUGUCCUCCGAACACAGAUGGGGGAGAAGCUGAGGCGGCUACGCAGUGCUGCCGUCCUACGGCGUCGGUCUCCUCUGGAGAUCGUUCCUUUGUUCCUCUUUCCGAGAAAGUUCCUGGAUCCUCACGCUCGCUGCCUCCGUCGGGGCAAACAGAGUGGAGCUCUCCAGGGAGUCCCUCGAGAUCCCAGCCUUCACCUGGACUCUCCAGCCGUCACCGCUGUGGAGAGUCCACUGCUGAGGAAAGCGGUGACAGCCACACAGCCUUGUCUUCACCUAACUUCUCAGUGGAUUCUCCCAGCGAGAAACUCCCCCCCGUGAGAGCCAACAACGUUUGCGUUUCGCCGGCUUCAGGCCGGGGUGCCCCAGAGGACCUGCCGGGUCUAGACCGGCCUUCCCUCACAUCUUCACCGUGUCGGAACGAGAGCGAAGGGUGUGCCGGGAGUUUAGGCCAGCCAGGGAACCUGGAAGGGAGAAAGGUGGACGAGAGCACUUCGAACUCUCACGAUCCCCAGAGAGCCGGCGUGUCACCGGUGCCGACGCAGGAGAAACAGAGACCUUUUUCAGAUGAAGGGAAAGCCCCAAAGGUAACGGAGACGGCCUCCGAGGUCCAGGCAGAAAAACUCCCCAUAAAGCUGUCUGAACCCGAAACCUCCUCAGUCGAGGUGAUAAGCAACAGACAGAGGAGACUCCUCAGUGAAGCAGGUCGGAAAAAUACAACGAGAAGUGUGGACAUGUCCCGUGGGUCAACAGAGCUGACCUCGACAGAGAGGGUCCUCGCAUCCGUCGGCGAAGGUGUCACUUUUGUGCUGGAACGCGGGGCGGCGUCGCUCGUGGAUUUCCUCACAGAGACUCUCCCGAAGCUUGUCGUAGAACCAAACCGUCUGCAGAAUCCCGGAAGGACCCGACCUUCGAGUUUAACACCCACGAAGAGACACUCUAGCCACGCCACAUCCGCGUUGUCCGGAAGGCCGCAUACGGCAGGAGGGUCUGAACAGUGGCGGCCGAGGUCUUGUUCGCCUGCUCGCAGUGAGCGCUGUCGAAGUUUCACCAGCUUGAGCGACUGGGGCUUCAGGCACUCCGAGCGGCGGUCGGAGGCCUCCAAAGACGAUUGGGAUCAGGGAGUUCAAAGGCGCAUGCAGGACAUCUUGCAAGAGCCGGUGGAUCGAGUGUUUGACCCACACGGUAGAAAAGGGAAAGGGCAGGACAAAGCGCAUCCUGCGGCAUCAGUGGCAACGCGCUUGCCACCGUUGCCUCCUCGAAGGGCCUCUGCCGACAUCAGUCGCGGUCUCGUGGACAGACGCCUCUCCUUUUCACCUGGUCCUCUGCAGAGUUCCAGAUGUCGGCCGAAGUCGACAACCAGUGUCCGCGCACAGAAGGUGCCUCUCCCCUCUCAUCCACGAACGCGAUCGGCUUCGUGCAGAGGGCCAGAAGACGAAGAAAGAGAUGUGGGAUGCCGCCAUUCUUUAACGCCUCGACCUGUAUACCAGGCUCUGGCUAGUCGUCAGAGUCUCGUGCCUUCUGGCUUUUCAAACGGACAGUGCAGCGCACUCCUACCCGCUGAUCUGCAUCUGAGGCCGCGGUGUAUGUCGCCCGCGCAAGUGUAUAUCCGGGCCCUGUCUCCCGUUCCAACAGUCCCGGAAAACCACAACUGCGUUCGCGUUCCUGCAGUUCACCCUUUCUCUCUGCAGCCCAGUGCGUGUCGCCCGGUGCCAAGCGUGGCCAGGGAAUCCGCAGUCGCGUUUGUGCGACCUUCAUCCGCGUCUGCUAACAACGUUUCUUCUGCGGGGGUUCUGGGCAGCGGCAGCUCCCAGAUACACAGUGCAUCGCCACGAAGAGCUGACACUUACUCUUCUGGUGUCCAUUCUUUUUCCACGUCAGUGCCAGUUUUUCUAGCUCCCGCUAAGCCCAAUGGCGUUCCCUCAAGGGCGCAGUCGCCGGGACCGCGCCUGGCUCCUGUGCAUCCGCAUUUCGCCCACGGCAAGCAUUCCUUCGGUGUCACUCCACAUUUUCUGCACCCCUGUUUGACAGGAUCUCAAUUUUCAGUCAACACGCACUCUGCCACACCUUCAGUGGUCCACCCAGGGCAGUCGCGCCGCUGCGCCUUUCCCCUUCGUGCACCGUUGAAUUCUCCACUGGGGCACACAACGGGUGCUGCCUUUCUGGAGGUGCCUAGAGGCUGUGGACUUGCUGACACUGAUUCUGUCACUGAAGUAGGAACAUGCGUCAAAAAGCAGCGAGGUGUCGCGCCAGGAUUACGGCCGUGUAGGCUGCUGGCUCAGGCGAAUAAACCAGCACACGGAUGGGAACGCGGAGAAACGGGGAACUGGACGCAUUCUGCGAUGGCGAAUGGAAAGCUUAGCCCGACAGAGAGAAAAACGUCAAGGGAAGGGGAAACGCAGAUGCUCACGAAAACGCAUUCGACAGACGGAGGGGCUGGUGCUUCAAGAAUAGUAGAAAGGACAGACUCUUUUGUGCCUUCACCUCCGGCGUCCUUCCGUGGAGACGGUAGCGAUUACAGAAAGCCACCCUCGCAGCUCCGAGCGAAGUGGCUCAGAGAGGAGCUGUGUAGACAGAAGGCGGCAGGGGAGCUGACGAAGGAAAAUUUUCCCAUGGAUGAAUUUCAAGAUCUCGUAGAGCCGUUCGAAAUCCUCGAUGUAGGUGGGGUGAAAGUGUACAAACUCGCAGCGGACUGGAACUCCCCGGAAUCCGUACCGCCUAGCAAUGAAUGGAUCGACCAAAACCAUAUGGAGGGUCUCGAGUUCACGGCCCACCUUGAAGAUAUUACUGAUGUAGCCAACGAGCUCUUCCUGCCCGCAACUUCUGCCACUGAAAUCUCUUCAGACGACAAUUUCCGUUUCAUUUCCGCGAACACGCGCUUCUUGGAGACGAAUGGCUGGUAACCCGAGGUCGCUCAAAUAUAGAAAACAGAAGCUGGACAAUGCCACGCCAACUGCCCUUAGCCUCACAUUUUUACAACGAAUAUGUAAACCUGUAGAAAUUUAGCGGGCACCUGUACACGAAGCAAGAGUGCUUUUUGUUGGUUGUUGGAUCGAGAGCAACAUACCUGCGUAGUGCAGAGUCGUUGCUCGAGGGCAAGUUACAUAUUCUAAGGCGAGUGAGAGACACGUCCACACAAGUUGAAAGUCGAGAUCAAAAUGUGGGAGAGAUGGAAAGAGGCACACAGAAAGAUAAAAACGGACGAAUCAUCAAGACAACGUGAGAGACAGAAGAACCGGAGUAGCAGGGGGGAACGGAAUUGCAGAAGAAACGCGAGGGAGAAAAGAACGUUGCUCGAACAGAAGAACGAAGGAAAGGAAGAGCUGUGCGUCGACAGGCCGAAAAAACGUUGCGGUUGACAGAAGAUAUAUCUGAGUCCUAACUAGAGCGACGCAGGCGAACGUUGCUGCUAGUGAGUACAGGUUUUUCAUACGUCAUUGUUCCGUCUUUUCAGAAGAGAGCAAGUGGUGAAUGAAUGCAUCGAGACGACACCUCUGUUGUUUGUCUUGGAGAGUGAAAACGUUCUGUAGUUGUGCCGCGCAGGCGAAAAGUAAGCACUGAGGAAGAUGUUGUGACAGCUUAUUUGUACACACUUUGUCUUUGUCGGCUUUCGAAACGUGCGAAUACAUCUGGCAUCAGUGCUUCGUUCUCCGUUGUCCCUGAUUAUACCGUGUAGCCGCAGUAUUCCUGAUCGUUUGAGGGUUUGCCGCGCUCCUUUGUUUUGGCGCUCGGCAAGUGUUAACGCGUUCCGUCUUGCUGGAUAUCUCCAAUCAGUCUACUUUGUUUUCCCACGCUAUGCAUGAUCGUACACUGUAUGCACAUUCCAGAGGCCUUUCCCGGCUCGUACUGCGAUGGUAGUCAACAAGCUGUGACAUCAGAGAAAGUGCGCCCUUCCGAACUUUUGGAGUGUCUUUUCGUACUCCAGGCGCUGCUGGGUAUGAUCAGCAUGGCUACGGCAACUGUGCUCCAACAGUCACAUGCGUCUCGUGGGAACAGACUUGCCGCAACGAUAAGCCUAGCUGACAAAAGCAAAUAGACACCC